UAUGACUGCGAGUAGUGAUAUCGUGUUCUCUUUAUUUGAUCUAUUUAAAAUUGUGUGAAACAAUCUCGUGGUUCAUAUGACGUAGUCAAAAACAUACUUGAAGGAGAGUUGCUCUGUCAAAUAAAGUAUAUAAAAAGCAAUACAACUAAAUUACAUUGCACUUGAGUACCGGUUCAGAUGUAAUAUGAUUGGUUAAGCGGAUCAUAUUUAAUCUCUAAACUACUAAAUUGAAUUUGUUUCGGUCUGUGGUGUGCAUUAUUAAAUUCUCAAAGUUGGAGAAUUUAGCUAUGACCUUAAUAACAAUUCUAAGAUGUACAAAGAGGUCGGCUAUGCAGAACUUGCUUGUUUUGACGGGUGUAGCGCUAAUACUACUAACAUUUAUGAACGUGAGAAAUGCAGUUGAUCUGUUACACCAGAAUUGUAGUCGUUACUACAAUGAUAGAUCACAGGACAAAAGAUUAACCAGGAACCAGAAUACAGGCUCCGAGAAACAUUCUACAGUUGUUGAUAGAUUUAUAGAGAGGAAACAACAUUUAAAAGAUAAAUGCAGCAAUAUAUCUCUUGAUACAUUGGCAUCAGAAGUAGCAGUAAAACAACACCUGAUAAUUGACGAUAAAUUUAAAUUAGUUUAUUGUACAAUUGAAAAGAACGGAUGUACAUUUUGGAAAAGAGUGUUCCAGAUAUUAAAUGGUUUUACAAACGUGACGGACCCUUUUAAAACACGCGGGAUGGCUGCAUUUGGAGGUUACAAAACGGCUGAAAAGAUACCCUUUUACGAAUUAAGUAACAUCCUAUCAUAUUCUACAAAAUUCAUCUUUGUACGAGAACCUUACGAACGUCUUCUAUCAGGAUACGUUGACAAAUUAUUUUUACCCUACGCGCCAUAUUGGUUUGAAUUAGGAAGAUUUAUAGUAAAGAGCUUUAGACAAAAUGGCGGGUCGUCUGCUUCGAGUUGUGGUGAUGACGUCACGUUCGAAGAAUUUGUCCGGUACUACCUUAACUCUCUCAAAACCAAUACUAGAAGGGACGUCCACUUUUCUCACAAUUACGAACAUUGUAGACCAUGUGAAAUUGACUAUGACUACAUAGCCAAACUGGAAAAUUUCAAAGAGGACACUUUGUUUAUACUGAAAGAAAUGGGGCUUGACAACAUUAUUCAAAUAAAGAAUUUUGAGAAAGAAACUGAACGUGAUGCCAUAAUUGAUGCAAUUGAUUGGGGCUUUGAUGUUUAUGACAGAGUCGACAAAUGCAUAACGAAAUAUAAGACACUGCUAAAGAUUUACAAAAGGUUGCAAAUAAGAGGAAUAAUCAGUAAAGAUGUUCCGUUUCCUUUUUCAAAUAAGACAGUAGAGACAGUUCAUAUUGAUGAAUACAAAGAUUCCUUACUCAAUGCACAUGCGCAGUCCGGGACACGAGAAAAGAGAAAGUUAAACAGAAAAGAAGCAUUUCUCGAGGCGUACUCUACACUACCAUAUGAACUGCGUACGGAAUUACAAAAAGAGUUGAGUGCAGAUGCAGAACUGUUUGGCUAUGACACAUAUCCUGAAAAUCUCAAAGUCGCAGAAUCAUAUGCACCGAAAUUCCGGUACUUCGACGUAAACGAAAGGUCUUAACAAAAACGAUGGAGUAUGACGGAAUACAAGAGACAAAUACAACUCGUCGCCUUAUUCUUACAGAGCCAUUUUUGUUAUUUUGAGAAGAAUACCAACAAAAUUUCAAUUGCAGCGAUUUCGGACGAAAUGAAUUGAAGGUGCUCACAAAUUGUCUUAAUAUUUUAGAUAUUGAAUAGUUUUGUGGCGAUUCCUGUGGUCACUAAAUAACUAGUAAAACGGCUUAUGAUGUCGCAAUAUCGGAUGACUUUCAGGUUGUUUUGUUUUCAUAUAAACUAGUCCAUAAAAGGUAUAAACGAAAAAAAGGUGUUUUUGAUUUUCU